UUUUGGGGGGACCCACCGGGGGGAACCACAUCUUUCAGCAGCUCUGGACCUCCCAGUGUCGGGGGGGUCAGCUCCCAGCAGUGCCAUUGGGGUGCCCUCAUCCACAGGGGGGGACGGGGGUCUCUCCCUCCUUCACCUGCCCCCUUCUUCUCGAUGUCUCCUCCCAGCCCCAGGGCAGAGGUGCAAGGGGGACAGGCAGCUGGGACAAGCAGCCUGAACUGGGCCAGUGCCAGGGCAAAGACUCGUGCCACAGCCACGAGACCAGCCACGGGGGAGCCGGAUCGGGCAGGGCUGGGUGGUGGCACGAAGCACGUUUGGGGUCUUUGCUCUGGGAUGGGGACGUCCCUCCUAGAAAGGGGCAGAGACCCAACGCAGCUCAUGCCAGGGGUGACCUCAGCUGUGGUGAUCCCUCCUCCUCUCUCCCAGCACCUCACCUUCCCCCUGCUCUCAGUCACCCUCCUGGUGUCCUUCAGCUCCUCCAUGCUCUAUGGCUACAACCUGGCCGUGGUCAACUCGCCGGCGGUGCACAUAAAGGCUUUCUACAACGCCACGUGGUCCCAGCGGUACGGGCACGGGCUGGCCUCUGGCCCCCUGACCCUCCUCUACUCCCUGACUGUCUCCAUCUUUGCCCUGGGUGGGCUGGUGGGCUCCUUGCUGGUGGGGGUGCUGGUGGAGCGGUACGGCAGGAACGGCACGCUGAGCCGCAGUGCUCUCCUCGUCCUCCUGGCUGGUGGCUUCAUGGGCUUCAGCCGGGGGCUGGGGUCCCCCGAGAUGGUGAUCAUCGGCCGCUCCAUCACAGGGGUCCACUCAGGUAUCUGUCUCAGCGUGGUGCCCCUCUACCUGGGAGAAAUUGCCCCCAAGAACCUGCGGGGGUUCCUGGGCCUCAUGCCCAGCAUCUUCAUCUGCCUGGGGGUUUUCUUUGCACAGGUCCUGGGCCUCCCGGAGCUGCUGGGGGAGGACAGGUUCUGGCCUCUUUUCCUGUCGGUGGUGGUUGUUCCUGCCUCCCUCCAGCUCCUGCUGCUGCACUGCUUCCCUGAGAGCCCACGGUACCUGCUGAUAGAGAGGAACGAUGUCUGCGGGGCCACCGUGGCGCUGCACCGGUUCCUGGGGACACCCGACGUGCAGGAUGUGAUCGAGGAGAUGAAGGAGGAGCAGCGGUCUCUCUCCUCCGUGGAGAUGGUGUCUGUCUGGCAGUUGCUGCGGGACCGCUCCGUCCGCUGGCAAACCCUCUCAGUGGUGGUGGUGAACGCUGGCAUGCAGCUCUCGGGGAUCGACGCCAUCUGGUUUUACACCAACACCAUCUUUGAGAACGCCGGGAUCCCCGUGUCCCAGAUCCCCUACACCACCGUGGGCACCGGCGCCUUCGAAGUUGUCGCGGGGCUGAUUGGGUGCUUCACCAUAGAGAAGCUGGGCCGGCGGCCCCUCAUCAUCACUGGGUUCUGCGCCAUGGGUCUCUGCUCGGCUGGCAUCACCGUCUCCCUGAUGCUGCAGACCACCCUGCCCUGGAUGCGCUACGUCAGUGUCGUCUGCGUGGUGGGCAUCAUCGCCGGCUUCUGCAUGGGACCAGCCGGUGUCCCCUUCCUGAUGACAGCCGAGCUCUUCACGCAGUCGCACCGCCCAGCUGCCUACAUCGUGGGGGGGUCCCUCAACUGGCUUUGCAACUUCACCAUCGGCUUCAUCUUCCCCUUCUUGCAGAUGUCCGCUGGUGCCUUUUGCUACCUGGUUUUCUGUGGCAUCUGCCUGCUGGUGGCCCUGUACGUCUACCUCAUCAUCCCCGAGACCAAGAACAAAACCUUCAUGGAGAUCAGCCACAUCUUUGCCACCCGCCGCUCCUUCCUCUCCCUCCCAGCCCACCUCAUCGGGAUGAUGAAGCUCGAUGGCUACGGGGCCUUGGAGAGCAGCUCCCUGGAGGGCUCGGUCUCCAGCCUGCCAUGACCUCCCACUGUGGGACCCCCGCCCUGAGUGGGCUGUGGGGGACAGGAGUGGUGGAGGAUGCUUGGGGCUGGGGAGGGCUGGUUUGCUCAGACUUGAUCAGCUCAGUGUCUCCCAGGACAUCCCACCACACCACGGCCAGGAUGAGAUACGAUGAUGUGCCAUCACCUCCAUGCUAGAAGAGUUGCCGUCCCAGAGACAUGGGGUCCUCCUGGGGCAGGGGGUUCACGUUGCUCCUGGGCACAUGGACUUGCCAGGAGCUGCCUCCAAAAGGUGUUCA